AUGUCGGACGUCGUCCGUAAAUCGUCCCCGGCGGCGAUCGUCUUGAGCGUCGUGAUCGCGGCUCUCGGAUCGCCCGCCGUGGCUCAAGAGGCCGCGACGGCGGUCGAUCAGGCUUCGCCACGGCUCGUGGCGGUGGACUCGCUUGAAGCGAAGAUCGAGCCGCUCACGCUCGAGACACGCGCCAACGAGUUCCGCGCCCUGGCGCGCGACGUGGCGGCGUUGGAGUCGGAGCUGGGCAUCUUCAAACGCGUCGCCAAGCUCGUUGCGCCGAGCGUCGUUCACAUCGAAGCCCGGCCAAUCAACGAACACCGCGUCCGCGGAGGGCAGGAGGCGGGAUCGGGCGUCAUCGUCCACUUCCGCGGCAAGCCUUACGUGCUGACCAACCGCCACGUCAUCAAGCACUCGUCACCGAGUCAUAUCCGUGUGCAGUUGGUCGACGGUCGUCCGUUCCGCCCGGAACAGUUGUGGAGCGACAGCGAGACCGACGUCGCGGUGAUGUCGGUUGGCAAAGCGGACGCCAUUGGCCUCGUGCCCGCGGUGCUCGGCGACAGCUCGCAGCUCGAGAUCGGCGAACAGGUGAUGGCCUUCGGGAGCCCCUUCGGCCUCAGCCACAGCGUCACGCGCGGCAUCGUCAGCGCCAAAGGUCGUUACAACCUCGACCUGGGCGACGGCGAGGUCGAGCUGCAGAACUUCUUGCAGACCGACGCGGCCAUCAACCCGGGCAACUCGGGCGGUCCGCUGGUGAGCCUCCGCGGCGAGGUCGUCGGCCUCAACACGGCGAUCGCUAGUUCCAGCGGCGGAAACGAGGGGAUCGGCUUCUCGAUCCCGAUCAACCUGGCGACCCGCAUUGCGGGCCAGCUGAUCGAGAACGGCGAAGCGCAGCGUGGCUACCUCGGCGUCGAGUUCGACGCGAUGUUCAACGAACAGCGGGCCCGUUCGGCGGGCCUGCCGCGGCUGUUCGGCGCGCGUAUCACCGCGAUCAAGACCGACUCGCCAGCGGCCCAAGCGGCGCUGCGCGAGGACGACAUCCUGCUGACUUACAACGGCACGACGAUCGAGGACUUCGAUCAUCUCUUCAAUCUGGUGAACCUUAGCGAGGUCGGCGAGCGGGUCGAGAUCGAGCUGAUCCGUAACGGCACACGCAUCCGCGCGACGGUGCCGAUCGGCCGCCGGCCGCCCGAAGAUCGGAUCCGUUAG